AUGUCUACACCAAAAGAUAGAAUUACGUUAGUGACUAAUCAUUUGAAAUCAAGCUCAUCCUUACCUCGCUUGCAUGGAAAAGUUUGUAUUAUCACUGGUGCAGGUUCUGAAAGGGGCAUUGGGAUAGCAACAGCUUGGUUAUUUGCUAAAAAUGAUUAUUGUGAUGAAUUCUUGCCAAAAUUAGCCAAAGACAUUGAAGAAACAUAUGGUAAAGUGACAACAGUGGUUGCACGUAAACUUGAUGCUGCAGAUGAACAAUCCGUAAUUUCAAUAGUGAAUGAUGCUAUUGAAAGAUUUGGAAGAUUAGAUGUGUUUUUUGCUAAUGCUGGUAUUGGUACAUCAUCUCAAAAACUUGAAUCUUCUCGUGUAUUCCUUGCAAUAAAAUUUGCAUCAGAAGCAAUGAAAAAAACAGGAAAUGACAAAAAAUCUUCUUCAGGAUCUAUUAUUACAACAUCAUCUGUUGCUGGAUUAAGAUUUGGUGCUGGUCCAAUGGAUUAUUCGGCUUCAAAAGCAGCUGUAAUCAGUCUAACUCAAGCAGGAGCAUGUGAAUUAGCUGGUACAAAUAUACGUGUUAAUUCUAUAUGUCCAGGUUUAAUUGAAACAAAUAUGUCAAAACCAAUAUUUGAUGUUGCUCGUAAACGAGGUACAAUCAACAAGGUUGGUCAAUUGAACCCUCUACGAAGAUAUGGUCAUUCUGAAGAGAUUGCAAAUGUUGCACUUUUUUUGGCAAGUGAUGAAAGUUCUUAUAUUAAUGGACAAGCUAUACCUGUUUGUGGUGGAUUAUCAGCCUCAUUACCUGUUGUAAUGCGUUAA